AUGUUUAGCAAGAGAAAAAUAAUUAAAAAAAAUAUAAAAAAAAGCUUUGAAGAUAAUGAUGAAGAAGAACAAAUUGAUAAACUGAAUGCCCAUACGAAUUAUAAAAAUGAAAAGGAGUUUAUAGAUACUCAUGAUGAUAUUUAUCAAUUAAAGUUUAAGGAAACUAAUCAGGAUAAUAAUGCUACUUUUUCAGCUAGCCAAAAUGUAAAAAAUAAUUACCUGAACAUGAAAGAAAUAAAAGAAAAAGAAGAAGAAAAAAAAAAUGUACAGAAUGGACAAAAUGAAUAUGGUUUAACAUGUACAUUUAUUCAAUCAAAUGAUGAAAAAAAGAAGGAAGAGAAGAUUAUUAAAAAGAAAAGCAAUAAGAUGAGUUGUAUUGAAAGAAAAAAGAAUGAAGAAGAAAAAAGAGUAAAUAAAAUGAAUACAAGUUUUCAUAUAUAUAGUGAAGAUGAUAAUGAUAGUUAUAUAACAUUAAAAAAAAAAAAAAAAAAAAAAUCUUCAAGUGUAAAGAUGUAUAAGGAGGAAAAAAAUAACAAAAUUGAUAAUAUUCAUAAUAAUAAUUACAACAAUUCUGAUAAUAUUUUUAAAGAAAAUCAAUCAUCAGAUAAUGAAACUUUUAAUAAUGCAUAUAAUAAUUUAUCUAUAUACAAUAGUACACAAGGUGAAAAACAUAUAUAUAAUAAAGAUCAUAUGAAAAUCAAAAAGGAUAAAAAUUUAUCAUAUAAUAAUCAUAAUAUAAAAAAAAAUGAAAUAUAUUUAAGUGAAGACAAUCAUACAAAUUAUGGGGACCAUACUAGUGAUAACGAUGAAGAAAAUGAUAAUAAGGAUAUUAUCUAUGAUGAUACAAAAUUUUAUGUGAACGAUUCUACAUCAUAUAAAUUAAAACAAAGAAAUAUCUCGUCAUAUGAAGUAGGUAAUGAUUAUUCAAAUAAUGAUAACGAAAAUGUUGUAAAUUUAGGUAGUGACAAUUCAGGUGUCGUGUCAAAAGGUUUAAAAGAUAACAAUCAAAUUUUUAAUAAUUCUGAAGAUGUGUUUAUUAUUGAUGAUAAGUGUGAUAAUUAUCAAUCCAUAAAUAUAAAUUUACAAGAUGAAUAUGACGAUAAAGAUAAUGAUGAAGAAAAAAAAUUAAUUGAAAGAAUAAAAUUGAAAAAAAAUAUAUUAAGGAAGAAAAAAGAAAUUAAUAAUAUUAAUUAUAAUAAUAAUGAUAAUAAUUUAUUUUUAGAUGAUGAUUAUGAUGAUAAUUUUCUUUUUCCUAUGGAAAAGAAAAAUUUCUUUUUUGAAAUAAAAAAAAACAAAAAUGUUACGUAUGAAGAUGAUUUAGAUGUAGAUGAUAUGUAUAAUUAUGAAACAAUUAAUGAAAUGAAGAAUCGAAUUUUAAUCAAAAAAAAUAGAAAUGAAGAAAUUAAAAAUUUAUAUGAAGAAAGAAAUAUUGAAGAAAACGUUGUAGAUACAAAUGACUUGAAUAUCGAUAAUAAUUAUGAAGAUUAUGAUUUGUAUGAAGAUGAAAAGAUUAAUCAAAUUGUUGAUAAUAAAAUGUUAGUAGAAUUGAAAAAACAAAAUGAUUUUUUAUAUGAUUCAAAAAAAAAAAAAAAAAAAAAAGAAGAAGAAGAAGAAGAGAACAAAAGAGAAAGAGUAAAAGACAAAGAUUUAUGUUUUAAGGAAGAUAAUAUAAAUGCCUAUAUAAAAAGUAAUAACAAUGAACCAAAAGAAGAAGAACAUGUUAAAAAUAAAGAAUAUAGUGAUGACGAUUUAUUUUCUUUAUCAAGGGAAAAGGAUAAAGAGUUGUACAGUUUAGAUAAUAAUAAUUAUUACAAUGAUAAAAAUAAAUUAUUAUUUGAAAAGAUCCAAAAUGCUUAUAAAAACAAAGGAGUAUGUAAUUUAGAAAUAAUAAAAAUGUAUGAACAUAUACAGAAUUUAUUUAGUGAAUAUAAAAAUAAAAUUCAAGAGUCCAAUGAAAUAAAAGAAUUAGAAAAUAGUAAUCAGGUGGAAUAUAAUAAAUACGAAAUUAUAUGUAAAAAAGGUAAAAAAGAAAUAAUUAUAUGUCGUGUUUUUCUACAAUUUUUACAAAUAUUAAUAAAUCUUAUAUGUGAAAAAUAUGAACCUGUUGAGGAUGCAUUAAACGGAUUAUAUAAAUUAGAAAGUACAUUUCAUUUAAUAUAUCAUAAUUUGAAAUUAUAUAUUUAUAAAGAAUAUUAUGAAAAGUAUAAAUUAACAUUUAUAAAUGAUUAUAUUUUUAAUUCCAAAUAUUAUAAAAAUUUAAAGGAAAAGAAAAAAAAAAUUCAAUUACAAUAUCUUAUAGAUAAUAAUAUUAUACAAAAUAAUGGAUUAAAUGAUAAUGUUACACAAAUUAAUGAAUAUAAUAUAUUAAAUGAAAUAUGUGAUGUCAAAAAUAUGAACAAUUCAGAAUUUUAUUAUAUGUUUGAUGGUUUUUCAAGUAAUUAUUCAACUGAUACUUUAUCAUCAACAUCGUUAUUAUUAGAAAAUGAUCUUAAUGGUGAUAAUAAAAAUUUUAUACAAAGGAAAGAAAAUAAAGAUAUAUUAAAAAGUGAUGCAUUAAAAAGUGAUGCAUUAAAAAGUGAUGAAUUAAAAAGUGAUGCAUUAAAAAAUGAUAUGUCAAAAAAAAAUUUAGAUAAACAGAAAUAUUUUCAAACAUUAAAAAUGAAAGAUUUAAAAAAGAAAUUUUUAUUUUCCAUUAAUAAUAUAUUUAAAAAUGUAAAUAUGUACUUUUUUAAUUUUAAAAAUGUUAUAAAAUAUUUUGGUUUAUUAAAAUUAUAUAAUUAUCAUUUUUAUGUGAAUAAUAAAUGCUCUUCAUAUUUUGAUGAUGUUUUGUUUUUUUUUGUAAAGUGUGAAUUAUUAUAUUGGGAUCCCUUAUAUCAAUUUUUUAUGAGUAAAAAGAAAAAGAAAAGGAUAUUGAAUUAUUUUGAUGAGGAUAUAAAUAGUUCUAGUAGUAUGAAAAAAAAUGAAUCAAAUAAGAACAACUUGAAUAUCUUAGAUAGUAAUAAAAUGGACAACAAUGAUAAGCAUUUUAAUAUAGAUGAGGAUAAUAAGAAAUUUUUUUCUUUAUAUUCUUCUCCUUCUCCACAGUAUGAUAACGAUGAAAAAAAUAUAUAUAAUAAUACAAACGAAAGAACUAUAGAAUAUGACAUGGACAUGUCAGGAUCAAGUUCAAGUAGCAAUUUUUCAUUGUCACAUACUAGCUCAUGUAAUGAAAACAAUUUGAAUAACGAAAAUAUAUUGGAUAGAGAGGAGGAAAAUGUUAAAAAAAUAUGCUCUAAUAUUUUUAAAAAUAAACUAUUUAAGAAGAAAAAAUAUAAAUUAAGAAAAACGUUUUUUCACAACCCUAGUAUAAAAUCAUUCGAGUGGUAUAAAUUUAUGGAUGAGCUAAUAUUAAUAUAUGAUAAUAUUGAAGAAGAAAAAGAUAUUUUAAAGAAAUUAUAUGAGCAUAUAUUUAACAAAAAGAUAUAUGAAUUAAUUAAUGUGUGGAAUCCUUUAUCCUUGAAACAAAGCUUUCAUUUAUCAAGAAUUAUAAAUGAUUUUAUUUUAUAUAAUGAUAAUAUAAAUGAAUUACGUGAUAAAAUAAAAGAUAAGAUACAAACAUAUAUAACAACUUUUUUACAAUGUUAUAAAAAUAUAACUAGCCAAAAGAAAAAAAAUAUAUUUUUAAUGAGAUGUUUAAAAUUUUUGAAAAGUAUGAAAAACAUUUUACAAUUAUUAUGUAAUGAAGAAUUAUAUGAUAUAGUAAAAAAUGUAUUUAAUAAUUAUGUUUUACCAAAUUGUGAUGAUGGGAAUAAAUUACAUAAUUUGAUUGUAUUAAAAAUAAUUCAAGUAAUACAUUCAUUGGAUAAUAUUCCGAAGGAGGAUAGUUUCUUUCAUAAGACAACUGAAAUUAUGAGUAAAAUAUCUGAUUGCUUGAAGACUGGUUAUUUUGAUAUGUUGAAGGUCGAAAAUGGGUGUAUGAUAAAAUAA